AUGGACGGAGAAUCCCUUUCAAAUCUAUUAAAACACACUUUAUCAAAUUUUGGUUUAAAAUUGGAAAAUAUUAGGGCCCAAUGUUAUGAUGGUGCUGCCUCAAUGCGAGGCUCGUAUUCAGGUGUUGCUAAAAGAAUAAAAGAUGAUAAUCCGUUAGCACUAUAUAUCCAUUGCUAUGCUCAUAUUCUCAAUUUAUGUGUUGUUGAUGUUUGUGAACAAGUAGCAUCAGUUAAAAAUUUGUUUGGUAUUUUAAAAAGUAUUUAUGCGUUCAUUGGGGCUUCUUCUGAAAGAUAUUCUAUUUUUGAAAAUAUUCAGCAUGAAUCAAAAUUACCAAAUAUUACUUUGAAAUCACUUAGUGAUACAAGAAGCUUAACAAAUGCUACUGUAGCUCAGUUAAAAUCACUGCGGAGUGAAAAUAGUUUUAAAAAUGUUUGGUCUGAAAGAAACAAAGUUACAACUAAUGAAAACUGUCCAUUGCCUUUAGUUCCAAGAAAAAGAAAAAUUCCUGCUAGAUUAGGUGGAGAAACUAAAUUUUCUGAAAAUAAUUCAAAUAUAUUAAAUGCUGUGAUAAAUGUUUUGACUUUACAAAAUUGCAAAUAUGAAGAUAUUUUAGAUGUUUCUAACACUUAUAAUAUAGAAAUUGACGAGUUACAGGCAGAGCUAAAGUUGUUUGGUAAAAUGUGUUUUGUGAAACAAAUAUUUGAUAACUUUGAAGAUCGUCUUAAUUACUUUAUACUUCAAGAUCUGUCAAAUUCAUUUGACAAUUUAUAUAAAUUAUUCAAACUUUUUUUAUCAACUCCUAUGAGUUCGUCUUCAUCAGAGAGUUUAUUUUCAUCAUUACGUCGUCUAAAAACUUAUACUCAAAAUAGUAUUGGACAAGAAAGGCUAAAGGAUUUGGCUUUAUUACAUAUAGAAAAAAAAUUUGAACCAAAUUUGAUAUAA